CUCUCACCUUUACUACCGAGAUUUCAGAGAUGUACUCCACACUUCAAAGCCAAGCCCUGAUGAUACCACAACUCCCAGAACUUUUGGUGUUGGUUCCGAUGAUCACUCAGCCAGUACCAAUGAUGAACUGAGGAUUGUAUCAAGUUCCAAAUUUCUCUGAAGGAUGUAUGGGUGUCUAUCCCUCAUAUUCAUAUCCACUCUCUGAAGUAGUUCAAUCUUAUCCAGUCCCUCCCAACCUAGCUUGGGGGUCAAGACAAAUUCAAAGAAGUCAGUCGAGCUUCCACAGUGUUCCUCAGAAAGCCAAGCCAACUUUCACCAACUGCGAUUCUUCCCAAGAUGAAGGAAAGAUAUCAGAUAAGAAAACAGAGCAACGUAAGAGAAUCAAACAGGUUUUUAAACCUAGAUUUAUUAAAGAAGCAGAUGAACUACAUAAAAAGUUAGUAUGCAUGAGUAAACUGAGCAAAAAGAUCUUGACUGCCUCCAACAAGGUGCCUCUCUCUGAAGGACAAAUUCCUGUCAAGCAGAGAGCGAGAUACAUCGGUGUUUCCAAGAAUGGAAAAAAUUGGCAGUCUCUGAUCGUUAUUGACACUAAAAAGGUUUACCUAGGAACAUACAAAACCCAAAUUGAAGCAGCUGUGAUGUUUGACUUCCAUACUAUCCUCAUAAAAGGGGAGAAGGCUAAGGUCAACAACGACUAUACUGCAGCCCAGAUCCUCGAUAUGGUCAAGAACUUCAAAGAAAAUGACCAUGAGUUCAACCCUCACCAAUAUCUAAAAUCUAAUACUUCAAUUUAAAAAGUGAGUUUAG